AUGGCAUUUCCUAAAGUUUACCAUGUUACCACAAAUGAAGAGUUUAUUGGCCGCGUUAUUAUAGAGGUGAAAUCAGAUGUUGUCCCAAAGACAGCAGAUAACUUCCUCCAGUUGUGCACUGGGGAAAAAGGAUUUGGCUACAAGGGAUCCACCUUCCACAGAAUCAUCCCAAACUUCAUGUGCCAGGGAGGAGACUUCACUCAUCACAAUGGAACCAGAGGAAAGUCAAUCUUUGGAGCCAAGUUUCCUGAUGAGAACUUCACCCUGAAGCACACCGGACCUGAUAUCUUGUCUAUGGCCAAUGCUGGACCUAACACAAAUGGUUCCCUGUUCUUUAUCUGCACUGCUAAAACUGAAUGGCUGGACGGAAAGCAUGUACUGUUCGGCAAAGUAGUUGAAGGCUACGAAGUUCUCAUUUUUUUCCAUCUAUUUAAAGGCUCAUACUUAUAG